AUGAGAGUCGACGGAAUAGCAUUGCCCAGCUCCAAGCAAUACACCAUCGCAUGGAUCGCGCCUCUCACCUGUGACCUCGCCGCCGCGUCGGCCAUGCUGGACCAGGAACACGCACCGCCCUCGAACUUUCACCCCAAUCCCCAUGACAAGAACUCAUAUACCUGGGGCCGCAUGGGCGAGCACAACAUCGUCAUCACCACCCUCCCCGCCGGCCUCCACGGAACGGCGGCGGCGGCUGUGACGGCGUCCCGUCUCGCCGCUUCGCUGCCGCAUAUUGACACUUGCGUCUUGGUCGGCGGUGCCGGCGCCAUCCCCAAGAUCAGCACGGUCAAGGACGAGAAUGGAGCAGAUUCGGAGUAUAUCGACGAGCGUCGUGAUAUCCGACUUGGUGACGUGGUGGUCAGUCGGCCAGACGAAGCUACUGGCGGCGUGGUCCAGUACGACAUUGGCAAGGCCAAAAAGGGUCGGACCUGGCAGCGGACUGGACAUCUGAACGCUCCGCCGCAAGAGCUGCUAGGCGCACUGCGCAAGGUCCAAGCGACGCACUGCAGGGGCAGGUCCAAGAUGCCCAUGUUGCUGGCCGAGAUGUGGGAGAGGAACCCUCACAUGGCUGCCGCUUCAUGUGCCAGCAGUCCGUCUUUUACGCAUCAAGGUGUUGAAAACGACAAGCUUUUCAAGUCAGCAUACUCUCACGCCGAUGACGACCGCGACUGCGAGGGCUGCUGCUCGCCUGCACAGCAGGUCAUCCGUCCGCCACGCGACACCACUGACCCAAAAGUCCACCUCGGUGUGAUUGCCUCGGGGAGCACCUUUGUCAGGGACUCAUUCACGCGAAGCAAACUCGCAGCAUCGACAGGGGCAGAUUGCCACUGCUACGAGACGGAAGCUGCGGGAGUCAUGCUCCAAUUUCCGUGUCUGGUCAUCCGCGGGAUUCACAACUAUGCAGACUGCCACAAGAGUGAUCGCUGGCAGCCAUAUGCAUCUGCUACAGCCGCGGCGUGUGCUAAGGAGAUUCUCCUCCAUGUAACACCAAAGAAGUGGGAGCCCACGUUUUCGUGGAGCGACAUCUUUUUCUUAUCCCAAGCUUUUUGUAAUGUAAAUGAACAGAACAAAAGGGUCCACAGCCUGCGGUCGACAUCGCAGCCCCCCGCACUCUGCUUCCCCAGCUUUCCGAAUCGCGACGUAGAUCUUGCCCUAAAACAAGUCGGCUAUGGGAUACCACAAGACAGGCGCACAGAUGCUUGGUCGAAAGUACAAGAUGAAAUAGAUCGACACAGCACUUCUGUAUUCUCGACUGUGCGGGACGGCGGGCACGCGCAAACAACAUGUCAGACAGGCUAUGACCGACAGGCAGAAGGUCAUGCAACAUAUCGCGGAUGA